AUGGCCAAUGCCUUCGUCUCCGCGCUUGAAGUGACGGACCUGAGGUAUAACCUGGCCUAUUACGGGGGAUUUCUCAAAGACAUUCCAAGGCGUCUUGGCACGAAUGAUGUCCUGGAUGCGUCUGUAGGCGCCCUGACAAGCGCUCUUUCGUCUCUCUACACACGUCGGCAGUCUCCGGAGACGCUUGCUAGAUACGUACAUGCCUUGAGGACUCUAAGAAUCAGUCUGGACGAUUCUACCAAGACCGGAUCAGCUAAUACUCUGUGCGCCAUGUACCUGAUAAUGAUUUGCCAGGGCUGGAUAGGGAGGCACGACGAUCAGAUUUUGGGUCACGGAGAAGCAGUGGCAUACCUAUUGAACGCUGCAGCUUUCCAAAACUGGCGGGGGAGCUUCGAGUCUGAAUUACUCAUCACACUGUGCGUGCCUGUGAUUCUCGAGAGUGUCGUCAACCCUAAGAUUCACUUGAAUCCCUGGCUCGGGAAGCUGACCGAGACUUACGGACCACGCAGACCUUUCAAACGCGGCGAAGGCAUCUCCAUUCACAGCAUACAAUUGCAGAGCCUCGCCAGAAUCCCGGAUUUCAUUCGAGAUCCCGAAAUGCAUCUCUUCGAAAUAAAAUCCGCUUACCAGCAAAUGCGAGCCGACGCCCCGAAGUUACGCCAGCGUCUGGCUCAAUUGACUGAGCUAACUUCUUCCGGCGCAGUUCGACCUCUCUCACCCCGUACCCCCAUAAUGGGACUACAUACUCGCUACCAAGGAGCGUAUGGUAUUCUGCUUGCCCUGACCUUGACCCUUAACGGCAUACUUCGCGCAUUUGACCCCGACGACAUGACUAUGGUUGAAGAAUCCGCGAGCUUUUCCAUCGACAUCAUGACUGUCGCGGCGCACGCGUCACAAUACAGACCUCUCGGGGCCAGCUAUGUGCCUCUGUGCCUCAUUGCCGCAUGGGCAGUGACCGAAGACCCACCCAAGCAGGCCGAAGUCGAGAAAAUGCUGGCAGAGUACCAGAGGGACUUUGUGGAAGCGAGAUGGAUGCACUGUGCGAUCUGGCUGAAGAACAGGUUUGAGAGCCUGCGUCGCAAAGUGUCGACGUCGCAUCUCGAGAAUCCCCAUGACAGCGGAUGCACAGCAGCGAGUGCUCCUGGCGGUGAUCUGGCAGAGGAAAUGGGAGCUGGUGCAUCAUGUUGUAUCCUGUAA